AUGGCAAGCACAGACGAGUGCCAGGGCUAUGUACCCGACCCAAAAAAAGAUCACAACGAUGUCUAUGAUAAACCUGAUAAAACUAAAGAAGCUGCAGAAGUCAUCAACACUGCCCAUAUCCUACAUUUUACCUUCCCUCAAGUGCUUGACAAAAGCGAUUUCCCGACUGUACUCAACUUGAUUGGAGGAAUCAUGCUAUCCCCAGAAGGAUACGAUGUCCUGUAUGCCCACGGCUACGUCCCAAACGAGGUCUUACAGCGUUUUGGUAAGGAUCAAGGGAAUAGCCUAAAGGUUACUGUUACAGCCAGCAAAGUGUACAGUUAUUACUGUGGCUAUACACCUUUCAGUCACGGUAUUACUUUCCGGUCAGCUGUGAUCAAUGGAGACGCAUCUUUGCUUCGUUACGAUCCCGAUCCUUCACAGUGUAAGGUGCAGAUUAGUGACGAGGAGAUCGAUCCGAAGAAUGAGAAGCCGUGGGCACUGUUCAAAAUUGUUGAGGGAAUGUUUGGUGGUGAUGGCAGAUGGAAGGAUACUCGGCGUCCUUUCAAGGACGAAGAGCUCAAGCGUGUUGCUGUUCUCCGAGUUGAAAUUAACAAGAGUGCAUCUCGCCUGCAUGAGCGAUUGGGCGUCCUGGGUUUCGAACCUGACUGGCAAAAACCCAUGGCAGAUGUGUAUUGGCAAGGUUCGAUCCCUAUCUGGGAGACCUAUGGGGAUCAUAUCCAAGGAAAUACCGAACGAGACUUUCCAGAGUACCUGAGCAAGGUUUUCAUUGACAGGAAGAAACACAAUGAGGAAGUGGCAGUGGAGGAAGCAAAGAAGCGAUUCAAGAAGGAUUGA